AUGAACAACAAUACAGGAACAGAUGACAAGACCAGAGCUGUUGGAAACUUCAACAGUUUUCAAGUUAAUGAGACAAAUAGAAAUACAUUGACAGCCCAGGGAGGCAAUGGACAAUCAAAUGAUCAGACAAAUGCCAACAAUCGGUGUCCUAUAUGUCACGAUCCGGUAAACAAUCGGUCUUUCAUCCAGAACUGUCUGCACGAGUACUGCUUGGACUGCAUCAACAUGUGGUCAAAUGAGAACAACACGUGUCCAGUGUGUCGACAACCGUAUAGUCAUAUCAUAUCAAACGUGCGAUCGGACAGCGAUUACGAUAUCAAUCGUAUACCGUUUCAGCCAUUUCAAGGACUACAGUAUAUGUUUCAACCAAUUGAUGAACCGCUACAAGUGUUUCAACCACAGGUACAACUCAAUAGAUAUGACUUUAGAAGAAUAGAAGAACUAUUACUUGAAGAUGACAUACGACCACCAGUUCGACAAAUAAGACAUCGACGCCGUCGUCAUAUUCAAAGCAGAAGACAACAAAAUAGUUUACAAACAAGAAGACAAAGUCGUAGCCGUCGUCGACAACGACAAAGAAGUAGAUCACAAAGUGAUGGACAAAGAAGAAGAAGACAUAGAAGAAGAGGAGGAAGAAGAAGAAGAAGAUCUUAA